UACAAAAGCUGACCUUUCGUUAAAUGACUUAAUUAAACAAAUUAUGAUUCCCAUACAAAAAAUCCUACCAUUUUCUACAAUCUUUGGAAUUAUUCUAGUCUCCGUAGGCAUAUAUUUUUUAUGCAGAACAGAAACAAAUUCGAUAUGUACUCGUGGUACGGACAGAAUAAAAAUUAUAGACAGCAAAGUGGUAGAUUACACUCAUUGCAUAAACGGUUUUGAACUGUCUUGUAGAGAAGAAAUACUCAAAGGACGUCAAAAGCACUGUCAGUGUUCUAUGGUAGAAUUUACCUUAAACUCUUCACUGCCUGGGGAAGUGAUCGUGUUCUACCAGCUGGAUACGUUUAGCGGAACUUCAAUAUACAAUGGGACAAAUUACACACUAUCAAGAGAUGACCAACAGUUACUUGGCGAUUUGACAAAUGCUCCAUCAAAUUCUUGCAUACCCUACGCCUAUGGAAACGACGGCACACCAAUAGCCCCUUGUGGAGCUAUCGCAGAUGCAAUGUAUACAGAUGAAUUAAUGAUUUUAGACCAAAAUAUUGAGAACUAUCCUUACAUACCAAGGCUGUUUCAUGGUAUUGUCUCAGAUGCGGAUAAAAAGAACUACCGUAAUCCUCCUAAUUCAUCAGAAGAUUUAGCCACAGUGUUCAAAAAUUAUUCACGACCUAAAAGUUGGAACUUUCCAAUUUGGGACUUGGACCCUACCAACAGCAGUAACAAUGGUUUUCAGAAUGAGCCCUUUAUCGCCUGGAUGAGUGCAAAAGAUUCGAAUGGACCAAUAGCUGCAUGGCGAGUGAACCGCAACGAUACUGUAUACAAAGAUGGGCUCCCGGCUGGAAAUUAUACUCUAAUUGUCAACUAUAAGUAUCAUCCUCUACGGUACAUGGGUUCUAGAAAAGCAGUAAUUGCAUCGACAGAGCACGAAUAUGAUCCCGACAAUUGCACUUCUACCACCACGAGAAAUCAUUUCGAUCUUGGAAUCAGUAGUCUAAUAAUAGGAAUCAUAUUCCUAUUAAUAAGUAUUGCUGCGGUCGUGUACGGGAAAAAAACUAACUGGGGUAAAGGUGAAGAUAAUACUAUACACAAUGACCAAAGACCAUCUUCAACAAAUUGUAAUGGCACGAGACAACAAAACGGUGAACAAAAACCACUUCAAAGUCAGAAAUAUCAAAUAACUGAUAACGAAUCUCUUACUGCUACAGCAGCCGUACUGCGGACUACGACCGACGACGAUUGAAAUUUUAAAAUGGUUUGUUAAUAAGCAAAUUAUUGUUUAAAUGUAUCGUUUCGUGACUGCAAAAUUUACAUUACAAAUUAGGUACUUUUAGCACGUCCUAGCUAAUAGAAACUAAACAAACAGUGAUAUAAUUAAAACAUCAUAACUAUUAAGUACAACUAACUCAAGCGUGCAUAAUAAAAUAAUGUAUUGUUAAAAACGGUGUUAUUAGCGGCCUGUCAUAAUAUCACCUAAGUCAUUAGGAAGAUGGUUUAAAUUGGUACGGAGCUCUACCAAGAGCGCUGCUUCGAUAUAUACUAGUAAAUAAACAGUGAAUUUUCCUAAUAAAAAAAAAAUAGCGAUAGAUCGUGCUGCGUGGACUGUUGUGAUCAGAAAUGGGCAGUAGAUUAAAAACCCAAUCAACCCACCCGGAGUUUAACGGGGUAUUUACCCAAAGCGGGUUUUAACCCCUUUCUGCCCAAUCGUGGGCGGAAACGGAGAAUGCGAAAUUGGUAUAAUUCCACACUUAUUACAAAUUCCUCGAUGUAAACACCAUUUUUAAAUGAAAAAGAGACGAAUCCAUAAGGGCAGGUAAUCUUAUGGAUUCUCACUACUAAGGAUGCAUUUACGAUUCCAUUUUUAUUAAGAACGAUUCAAAUGCAUACCGAUUUUUGUACCUAUCGAUUUAUAUCAAUGCGAUUUCAAGCGAACCGAUUAAAUAGAAAGGCACAUCGAAUCAUCUAGGAAAGCAAUAAACAUUUAAUCAUAUAUUUGCAUAAAAACUCAAUUUAGGUGCAAUGGAUAUAUAGUUGUAAAAUUUAAAUGUUUUUGUCCUCGAUUUCUAUUUUGACCCGAUUUAAUCCUGACGUUAACAAAGCGCCGCGUUAAAACCCUUGGGGAAUCCCCCAUCUCUGAUCGUGAUGCGUGAUGAAGUUAUUGUUUUUAAGGAUAUGACUUAAACAAAUCCAUCAGAAUUGAAAAACGGGAAAACCUAACCGUUAGAGCGGUUUCAUACGGCGGCUUUUAGCAGCGCGUCUACAGCGAUUCAGUCGCGAUGUAGUAGCGAAGCAGUGGCUAAUCGUCUACCUUUACACACAUGCGCGAGACAUUGGGUGGGACUCAUCACAUUUGUUUACACGGAAUUGCCUUGAGUAGGUCAGAAAAACCGUUAUAUCCAAGCAAUAAGAGUGAAAAAGACUCUUGACAGACACAGAUUCUUACUCUUGACUUUGUGCAACUUUGUUAUCCAUAGCGCUACUAUACAGCGCUGUAUCUAUAUAGCAGGGUUCUUUAUCUUUUUCUAGUCAUGAACCCUUCUCAAAAUUUCAGAGUCCGUGGACACUUUCCGAAAAGAUGAAGAAAGGCUCGCGGGUUGCCUUGACCACAACAUAUAGUAUACCAAUUUUUAUAUAAUAAUAAGUAAUAAUAAUAUAUCUUUAUUGUUUCUCUCACAAAGUCUUAGUAUAAAUACAAAAACAGUGCUUAAUUAUCUAAAUAGUACAAUAUUUAAGUCUGUGUGAGAGACUGGCAUCCGUACUAGGAGACCUGUAUUACAGAUCACCAGCCCCUCCACACUCCGGACCAAAAGCAAGUACAGCUUACUUAUACUUAGAUAGUUACAUCAAGAAAUGACUUUAUUAAUAGACUUAAGGCGCGAGGGUGUGGAUAAAUGAGUGUGUGCAUGUGUGUGUGAUGGUGUGUAUGUGUGUGUGAAGGUGUGUGCGUGCGUGUGUGUAUUUGCGUGUGAGUGUGUGUGUUCUGUGUGUGACAUAGAGUGUUAUUGACUAUGUAAGGUGUAUACAAAACCCAAUUUACCUAAAUAAUGAAAUAACCAUAUUAAUUUUGUAUUAAUUAUUUUAAGUUGAGAUAAUUCACAGAUUUUAAGAUUAAACAUAAUUUAGAUUUUAUUUUAAGUUGGAACAAUUAAGAGAUUUUCAGAUUCAUCAUAACUUAGAUUUUUAAGCCAACUAGUGACAACUCUUUUACAGUUGAAUUUAGUGAGCGAGUAUAUUUUAGUUGUUUUAUUUAUUUUAUUAUAUAAAUACCCGCCUAGAAAACCGAAGAAUCUAUUCGAAAAAGCUGUGGUCCAGCGAGUAGAAGAAUGACAUACUUUAUAUUUCAAACGUUUGUUAACUAUAAUAAUAUAAUGUAUACUUUGUCAUGUUAGGUAGACGCGCCAUGUAUCUUUUUUUUCUUUUACUUAAUUUGUUUUUGUUUUUAGUAAUACAAUAAUUAUAAAUAAGCGGAAGGCCCCUAGGUCAAGGCAAAAUAAAAUUAAAUAUUGCUCAACUAUGGAUAAAUAUAAUUGGUAAACAAUAUUAUCUACCUAGCUCAUUCCCAAAAGGUAUAGAGACUGUCAACGUCUGUCCAAGGUGCUACAGUAUUGAUGCUCUUCGAUAAUAUUCAACACUAAAACAAAACACAAUCUAUCAAUACAUAGUGUUUUGUUUUGAAACAUGUACCUAAUUGCUGUGAAUGUUCUUGUCUAUAGAUUGAAGUCAAUUGUCAUUUUUUUUUCAUUUUAAUUUCCUUACUGAUUUGAAUGUCGCGUUGUUGAUUUUGCGUUCUCGUCUUUUAUUUCGUAAAGUUUAUUUGAAAUAUUCAUUGAGAAAUAAUUAGGGAAAAAUAAAACAUUGUGAAAUAAUUUUAUUGACUAUUUUUUUCUAUUUUUUUAUUCCUAACAUACGGUUGUAAGAUUGUAAAUAAGUAAAGACUAACAGACAAGGUGCGUUUUUUAAAUAUUCGCCCUGUUGAGGAACCACUAUGGGAACGAUUUACCUACAUAUUACUAAGUUAUAUUAUUUGAUAACCCUCGCUUGCAAUGGAUGUAACGCCGAAAUUAUAAUAUGUUAAUCAUCACAAAUAUGUUUCAUAAUAUAAUUAGGGUUUCGUUUAAUAAAUAAUGAAUAGAAUCAAGGUUAUUUUACAGAAAUGGAUGUUAAUAAAAAUGGAAGUAUAUUACUUAGUCAAUCCGCGAAUCCAAGGUUCAAUAGUGCAGAGUAGCUGCGCGUGUGUUGAUUUUUUUAAUUAAUACAAAGAUCUAACACUAAGGAAAAUUCCUUUGAUCCUGCUGGAUUUGAACCGCGGUAUGCUGAAGGCGCUGGUUCAAAUCGAGCCGGAUCGAAAGAACUUUUCUUUGUGUUCGAUCUUUGUAUUAAUAAUUUUAUAACAAACUAGUGGAGUAAUUUCACAAAAAAAAAAUAGAAUAUCAUGGUACUAAAACGUCGCGGUAUUCAAGAAACUUAAUAAUAGUAUUUCUAUCAUGCAAUAAAUUUACGAUUCUUCCUCCACAUAAAAUUCAUGAAAUAACUAACACAAGGGCAACUACACAGUCACAAACAACAACUCAAGUUGCUUCAGCCGAGUGUGGAACAAUCAACAACUCUUGAUGCCUGGGGUUGAAAUACAUACCUACGUGUCGGAUAUAGUUUUGAUGUCUUUUUUUACUCUUUAUUUAUUUAGGAGCUUUGAUCAUUAUUGAAUACUUCAGCGUAUUAGCAUAGCUAUACAAAGAGGCAACGCUGCCAACUUC